CUGGUGCCAAAAACAGGCAGAGCACACACACUGGCCCUAGGCGAGGUGCUGAGUUCAGCCCUAGACCAAGUUCUGACCCUUGAUAUGGACUGAGCCCUAAUCCUAUGUAACUCUGGCUAUAGACUGAGCCAUUGUCUGAAUAAAGCUGAUCAUGAUACUAUGGCCUCAAGAUGGGUCUCCUCCAGCCCUGACACUUGGUUACAGAGACCUGAAUGCCAGCUCUCAGUGCAUCAAACUAGUCCCUGCCAGCCCCAUACAGACUCAUUCCUCACUAUGGAGCUAUGACUUCCCGCACACUCUUCAGCCAUCUGGUAAACCAAAUGAGGGUAUGGAUGAGUCAACCCCACCAAGUCCCCUCUUAUGGGUAAUUCCCUUACCUGGCCAUCUGUCAUUCACGGGACAAUGGACUGGCAGUGGCCCUUGGAUGCUAGUGACAUAGAGAACUAUGAGGAGGUUGGGUCUUUUGGGCCCCACCAGUGAACAGAAGUAUGUGAGUGGACAGAGCCCCGGUGGUGGGGCGUUGAGGGAAGAAUCAGACCUGGGAGCCCAAUGGUGGGUCUGGAGCUCAGAUGGGCUGAAACCCUAGCUUCCCGCCACCCCCAUGCUUCCCCCUCUGGGAAGGGAAAUUACAUUUCCCCAUUUUAGAAGGGAAGACUUAGUGAGCACAAAGCUGAAAGUACAAGCAGGACAGAAAGUGAAACUGGGCGCAGCCCCCAGUAUAAGACCCCCCUACCCAGGAGAUGGCUGCACACAGAGGCUGGGCCCUGACAUGGGCCAGGCGACAGGAGGCCUUGGCUGGCGGCUCAGCCUGCUGCUGCUACCAUUGCUUCUGGUACAAGCUGGUGCCUGGGGGUUCCCAACGGGUCCCCUGAGCUUGCAGGAGCUGCGCAGGGAAUUCACAGCCAGCCUGUACCUUGCCAGGAAGCUGCUCUCUGAGGCUCAGAGCUAUGUCCACAGCUUUGCGGAAUCGCGACUGCCAGGAGUGAGCCUGGACCUCCUGCCGCUGGGACACCACCUCCCCAAUGUUUCGCUGACCUUCCAGGCAUGGCAUCACCUCUCUGACCCAGAGAGGCUCUGCUUCCUCUCCACCACACUUCGGCCCUUACCUGCUCUUCUGGGAGGGCUGGGCAGCCAGGGGACCUGGACCAGCUCAGAGAGGGUGCAGCUAUGGGCCAUGAGGCUGGAUCUCCGGGACCUGCACAGGCACCUUCGCUUCCAGGUGCUGGCUGCAAGAUUUAACUGCUCUGAGGAGGAGGAGGAAGAGGAGGAGGAGGAGAAAGAAGGGAAGGGGCUGUUCCUAGGGGCUCUGGAUGGCCCCAAGCAGGUGUCAUCUCAGGUGUCUUGGCCCCAGCUGCUCUAUACCUACCAGCUCCUACACUCCUUGGAGCUUGUCCUAUCUCGGGCUGUUCGGGACCUGCUGCUGCUGACCAUGCCCCGGCACCCAGACCCUGCUUUGGGUUCCCAACACCUAACUUCCAGCCCUGUGGAGUGACCUUUAAGCUCCCUUCCACACCCAUUAAGACUCUAAGGCUGGAGUCUGGCCGGCAGUACAGGACAGUCUCUAGCCCAUUUGCCUUAGACUGGGCAGGGCUUCACUAGUCCCCAGCCCUGACCCAAUAACUUAAAAACCCAACAGUCCUCACCAGAUAUUUAUUUCUUGGAUAUUUAUUUAUUUUUAGGAAAUGGUGGUUUAUUUAUUGUUUCAUUCUUGAGUUAGGCCACCAUGUUGGGUGCCUAAUAAAGCCCUCUGGCCCA